UCGAGGAAGGACUUGGUGUGCCCUUCAGAGCAGCAAAGGAACUCAAGGGAAGCCCCGCUUGGUGCCUUCCCAUUGGCGGGGACGGAGGAUAGAACUCGCAAGACACCAAUUCUGCAUAUUUAUAGCAGAAGACAGCUGUGUACGACACCAAUUGGUGUGGAAACUACCGACAAGCCACCUGCUACUCCACCCAGAAGACUUUUUCCAGAGACUGCUUGGCAAAGCUUGAAAACCCAUCAAAAGCUAGCAAGAUCAACACAAAAGUUCCCGCUGUAUAAUCCAGACCGCAGUCAAAGGAGACACCCUCACCCUAUUCCAUCCCCUCUUCCAGGGGGUCACUAUGGAGCAGAUCAGCAACUUUUUCAGCUCCAUCUGGACCUUCAUCCUCACCAAGCAUCAGCAGGGCAUCUACAACACAAUCUGCUUGGGGGUGGUCCUUGGGCUACCUGCCCUCGUCCUCCUCCUUGGCAUAUUUAUCUGUUGCCACUGUUGUUUCUGUGACCGGCGGCAGAAGAACAGUGCCAGCUUCGUCAGGAGAAGCCCCUCUCAGGGGACGAAAAGAAAAAAGAUGAUGCGGAAGAAGAAGGAAGAGGAUCUCUGGAUCUCUGCCCAGCCCAAGAUGAUGCUGAUGGAAAAAAGGCCCUCUUUGCUGGCCUAGAGAAAGACCCAUUCCCCCAUUCCUACCAGGGUUACAGCAGCACUUCUGGCUGAAGGCAUACCACGCUGGUUCUGUCCCUCUGGAGGGAGUUGACACUUCUUUUUUAAAGGCUUCUGAAAUUAAAUGCUUACAGGACGUCCUUGGGGUGCUUUGAGGAGUCCCAAGCUGGUCUCAGUCCAAAAGCUCUGCUGCUCCACCAAGACAGACUGAGCUACUCCCAUGCCAGCCUACGUGGCUAGACCAACGAACACACAAAGAGGACCUGUGCAGAGUUGCUAGCACCCUUUGCUGUUGCAAACAGACAUCUGUAGCUUCCAGCUUAAGGAAGCGCAUGCACUAACACCAUUAUGCGCACAUUAUGCAACACUGCCGUAUAGACUUGCAAACAUUUCAUUGACCUGAGCACACACAUAUAAAAUCAUUCUGCUUCCAGAUGGAGCUGCUUCAGAUACUUUUAUAUGGAAAGUGGUUUAAGUGACUUUAAAAGGAGUUUAGAGCAAAUCGCGGAAGUCUUAAUGAUUAAAUGGAGUCUCCGCUUCAGAGGGAGCAGGACUCGAAAUGUAGGAGCCAUGCACAGGUAUCCUCAUGCCCAUUGUACAUCUCUGGACACUUUAUACAGUUGUCUAGAGAUGAAGAAUUUUCAAAAACAUUGAAGUCAUGGGGGGAAAUCAUUUUUAAAAAGAAGUAUUUUUUAAAAAAAUAAAAUAUUUUCAGGAAAGGUUAAAAAAAUUCAAUAUUU